UGGAUAAUUCCCUUGUUGCGUCUUGCUGAGAGCUGGGCUGCGACAUAUGGUGGAGAAUGCGGGCACAGUGACCCAGCUGAAUGAAGAGAGGGGCAGAGUGACCCAGCUAAGUCGCCGAAGAGGGGGACUACGGGCAGAGUGACCCAACCAAGUUGCCGAAGAGAGGGACUGUGGGCAGAGUGACCCAGCUUAAUUAUAUAUAUAUAUAUAAGCUAUGGAUCCAAGAUUAGAGGAAUUGAUGGCCGCCGUCAGGCAGUCGCAGGAAGAGCUGCGGGUAGCCGUUGCAGAACUCCGCAAACGAACAUCGACCAACCCAUCUGAUGAAGACCUAGAGGAGGUCGAGGAGAAGCUGACCCAGGGGGCGGAAGGACAGGAGGUAAAGGCUAUGCUUACUGCCAUGAAAGAGGACAUGCAGCUUGAAGCAGAGGUUUACCAGCCGCAUGGAGAGGUGGCUAAGACUGCCCAGGUCUGGGAGGCUCUACCGAAGAUGGCCAGGACCAAUGAGCGUGUGUUCCUGGGUGAGUUCAUCGAUGAAGAUGACCCUGAUGUCGUUGAUGAUGUCGAUUAUGAAGGUGAUGUCGAUGAUUAUGACGAUGGAAAUGCCGAUGAAAUCGAUGAGGUUGAAAAUGAUGUCCAUGAAAAUCAUGUCAAGGCUAAGGAUGAGUCUGGGGAAGAUGACUUCGACAGCCAAGAGGUAGAUGACCUUGAGAGCCACAGAGGUCAGCUGAAGUCUCUCGUGGAGAGCAAGACAGAGAAGAAGGAGAGGGCUGUGAACGCUGAGAAGGAGAUGCAGGCCAAACACGACCAGCUGCUGGACCAGCUGAGGCAGCUCCAGGUGGGAUCAGACAGUCGUGUGGCAGAGCUGUCGAGCCAGCUGAAGACCUUUGAGUUUGAGCGUGCUCAGAUGGUGCAGGAGGAGACGGCCCGCUCCCUCAGCCUGUGUCAGAUGGAGUGUGAGAAACGCCAGAAGAAACUCGAGGUCCUUACUAAGGAGUUUUAUGAGCUGCAGUCGUCAUCAGAGAAGCGUGUGGUGGAGCUCCAGGCUCAGGUCAGCGAGCAGCAGGUCAAACCGGAGACCUACGAGAGGCUGGAGCAGGAGCUGGACGACGUCACCAUGCAAGCUGCAGAGAUGGCCAGCGAGGAGGAGGCUGAGAGGGUGCUCUUCUCCUACGGCUACGGCGCUAAUGUGCCCACCACCGCCAAACGGCGACUCAAGCAGAGUGUUCACCUUGCUAGGAGGGUUCUGCAGCUGGAGAAACAGAACACACACCUACGGAGAGACCUGGAAAAGCAGAACACCCAGACUGGCAAAGUGUCCAAAGAGCUGGAGGCAGCCAAUCAGCUUAUCCAGCAGGCCCAGCAGCCCUACAGCUACCUGAGUGAGACGGUGAAGCAGAGAGACUGCCAGAUCGAGAAAUUGAAGGAGCGCAUCACCUCACUGGAGGAGGAAGUCAGUGUGCUGAAGGAGAGGACCCUGAAGAAGGCGGAGACGGAUAGCAAAGAUGUGCCCGAACACGCCAUGCUCAAGAUUAAGCGACUCUACGCCCUGCCAGAGGUGGGCGAUUGCUUCCCUGAGGUGACGCAUGUGGAGCUGAGGAAGCUGGAAGCAAAAGCGCAUUUGAAUAGGCAGCUUGCCUUAAAUAGUCAAGAGUUGUCAACUGGAGAGAGGACAGAAGACGGGGCAGACACUGAUGUGGUUUCCAGUACACAACGGGAGAAACAGAGGGAAAAAGAGACAUACGGCAGGGUAAGUAGACGGCUCCUUAACUGCCACCCUUGUAAAUUCUCUGUCGUUCUCAGACCAGGAGGGCGCUGUGGAGACCCAGAUGUCCUGUCCUGCCAUGAAGCCUUUUUGGACUCAUCUACCCUGCUGUGGAUGUCAGGUCGCGGGAGAGGGAUAUGUGGCAUAUCCCUGGGGGCUUGGCUGCCACACCACAAAAUUGCCGCCAUGCUACAACCUGAUGCUAAACUGAAUGCUAAAAAGGAGAAAGAGAGGAAGAGAGUCCAUGACCGGAAGGGGGAAGGGUAGACCCCAAAGCCAGAACAAGAUGGACUGACCAACUGAGAACCGACGCGGAAAAGUUUGAGGCUGGCUGAGAAGGAAGAAGACCCUGCGGUCAGGGAAACACGGACAUUUUAUGUUGAAAUUGUGGUAUUUCCCUGAAUGUGUUUUUUGAGUGACACUUGUGUUUUAGGUUUAAAGACUUUAAUUAAAACCUUCCUGUUAACCCCCAGGAAGGGACCUGAAGUUAAGUGGGAGGGUGUGUGGUAGCCCAAGCUGCUCUUGGGCUCCCACUUAGUUUAAACAUGGCUGAUUUCCCUUACUAGGACUAUACAGGGCAGGCUUUAGGACCCUGGGGAGGUGUUCUGGGGACUAGGCAGGUCGGGCCAUUCCCUAAUUGGACACACAGGUGUAGAUUGUCUGACUAGUUGCUGAUCAGUGCCAACU